AUGACGUCCAAGGCGCAAUCCUCUAAGUUCUCUGUGAAAAUGUUCGGAGACACUGGAGGCAGCCAGGACUUCAUAAACAACAGCUCCUCUUCCUUCAUUGAAGAAAAAAAGAAAGAUUCAAAGAAAAACAAAGGGAAUGUGACUAUUUAUGACCGUUCAACUAACCCUUUCCACAUAGCAGGGGAUGUGGACUACUUCUUGCUCAGAGAGCAGGAGCGGAAUCAAGCUAUUGCAGAGCGUGAACAAAAGAAGAUUUUGAGGGUGCACCAGAAGAUGACCUAUGCAUCCAAGGUAUUGGCCAAGCACACUAGCCUGCGCCGGGAGCUGCAGCUGGAAGAGGAGAUGGAGCAGCAGCAGCUGAAUGCUGAGGCUGAGGAGCUGCAUGGCUUCCGAGACAAUAAUGAUUGGAAGCUAGCCAUGACCCGAGAAAAGAAGAAAGAGCGUGAAACACUGAAUGACUACAUGCAGAAGAAGCGAAGCAUGUUUCUCCUCCAGUAUGCCCUGGCAAUGAAGCGCAAUGAAAUCCAGCGGCUGGAAAUGCUGGCGACCCGGGAGGAGAACAGGCUGGAGAGGGCUGAGAAGUUCCUGGAGAAGGACGCGUCCUUGUUUGACGAGUUCCUCAGGGAGAAUGACCGCAACUCAGUGCAGGCCAUGAGACUGGCUGAGAAAGAGACCAAGAUCAAGACGGAAAAGAUCGUUGAGAUCCGGGAACUCACAGCCCAGAUCACGAGCAUCAAAAGCGAAAUCUCCAAAUUUGAAGACACUUUGAAACAUUACAAGGUCUACAAGCAGUUCCUGUACACGUUGUCACCCAAAGAGUGGUUGGAUGAGCAGCAGGAGAAGCGCUUGGCUCUCAAAAGGACCAAAGACUCUACAGACAUCACCAAGAGCAGCAGCAUGGCCACCUUAUUAGGGGACAAAGGAUCUGGCAUUAAGAGCAAGACAGCCCUCCUAUGGAAAGAGGCUCACGGCUUGAAGAAGGUCUCAAAGAUUGGACGGUCAGGAAAGGCUCUAUCCUCCAGCACUCAGAGCCUCCCGCAGGUCACCCAGACCAGCCUGCACAGCGAGCUGGACUCCAGACUGUCAAGCUCCACGUUUCCAUCACAAGACGACACUGACAGCGAUGGGGAGGAGCUGGCACUGUACUUCACUGAGCCCCAGCAGCUCUUAGACGUCUUCACAAAGCUAGAGGAACAGAACUUGUCGCUGAUUCAGAACACGCAGGAGAUGGAGGAGACCUUGGAUGAACUGAAUGUCACUCUGAAAAACACCCAGAUCCGCAUGGACAAGGAGGUCAGCCUUCUGAAGCAGUGGAUUACCACCAUGAUGAUAUCAAUCUCCAAGGAGGAGGAGUCAGCUGCAGAACUGGAGCUUAAAGCCCGAGUCUUCCACUUCGGGGAGUAUCAGGGUGAUCAGCAGGACAAGAUGUUGGAGAGCCUGAACCACAAGGUGCUGGAUGUGUACCGGAAUUGUGUGGGUAUACAGCAGGAGGCUAACCUGGGCACAGUGCAGAUGCUGACUGUGGUAGAGCACCAGCUGGACGAGCUGCUGGAGAAUCUGGAGCGAGUGCCUCAGGUCAAGAUUGAGCAGGCUGAGAAGGUCAAGGAGAGAGAGCGGCGCAUGAGGAUUCGUGAAGAGAAGGCCAAGAUGCAGAAGCAGUUGCAGGAGGAACGUCUGCAGCGGGCUCGAGCCAGGGCCCAGGCUAAAAUAAAGAAGAAGAGAGGCCGGAAAUUGGUAUGCCGUUCCCAUCCGCCAGUCAUCAAAGUAAAGGAGGUGCAUGAACAGACGAUGAUAGACAAGGACAAGGAGGAGAUGCUCUUCUUCUUCACUUAGCAGCAGAGCUGGCUGAGGGCUCAGGAAGAAGUCAGCAGUAAGUGCAGACAGGGACUGUAAGCCUGAGGGGUCCUUCACUCCAUCUCAUACUUUCCUGUCAGCCUCCUAACUCACAGCAAAUAAAAUCAUGUCUCUUGGGAGUCUGCAUGGCCUGCUGAAGAAGCCUCUUGGAACCCCUUUUGUCCUUUCAUCUAAAGCAUGUGCUUGAGGGAUCAACACUAUGCUGAUUCUCAUCACAAACAGCUGCUUGGAGAGAAGUCUAAAACCUGUUCCUGAGGAGGGCAGGAUGGUGCUGGCCCUUGGAGACAAACGAACCAGUAGCCAGCUGCGAAGAAGUGGGAAGAAUCUCAACACCAUGCAUAGUACCUUGAAUGAAACCAGAGCAAAAGCUUUGGCA